UACCGUAUAGUAUAUUAAUAUGCCGUUUGUGACUAAAUACAUGGUGAUAAUGUUAAUAUACGAGUACGAUAACGUAAAUUGAAAAAACUGAUUAGAGAAAUAAAUAAUAUACCUAAUUUCACAGCCUACAGGUCACUAUCGUCAGUAGUCUGUGUUUAUCAUUAACCGAGUCGUGUGCGCGCGAGUACGUAGUGUGUUUUAAAAACGUUUACGUUGGAUUUUUAUAAUAUUAUUAAUUCUGAAAUCUCUAGUAUAGAAUUUUUUCAAAACUAUGUAUUAUCGCCAAAAUAACACAAAAUUGAUAAUUGCGAAAAAUGUGGUGGUGCUACUAAAAUGUGUACACGAAAAAAGUGAUUAGUAUCUGUAGAGACGCAAAAAUAUAAAUCUAUCUGAUCUUGUAGAAAGGCUGCAGUCAGUAUUAUGUUAGAUGUAAAUAUAAUAAAUCAAACAGUCUUUAUACAACAGAUAAAGCCGUAAUUGAUCGAACAAUUGAUGUGAUUUUUAUAGUAAUAUUGCAUUUGGGCGUUUGUGCAAAGAUGUAAAAUCAACUUAUAUUAAUUAAUCUAUGUACUUUUUAGAUAUUUAUACAUAGCAACUGACAGUCGUGAAAUAUAAUUUAAGAUGAUUAAGAUUACUCAUAUAAGUCAUAUUGAAUCAUUAAUCGAAAAACAUGAGACUCCUGUUAAAGCAAAUUCGAAAGGAGAUAAAAAGAAUAUUUUCAUUUUAUUGGUGUUGUAUACCUUACAAGGAGUACCAUUAGGAUUAUCCUUAGCAAUACCAAUUAUUAUACAAAACAUGCACCUAUCAUCAUUUAAAGAACAAGCUAAAUUUAGUUUAGCAGUAUGGCCAUUCAGUUUGAAGAUUUUGUGGGCACCGUUAGUUGAUUCUUUAUUUAUACGAAAAUUGGGCCGUCGAAAAUCAUGGUUGAUUCCAGUUCAAUAUUUCUUAGGUAUAUUUUUCUUCAUUACGGGUUAUUAUAUAAACGAAUGGCUAGAUAAUGGUAGUAAACUAAAUAUUAAUGCUUUAACAUUAUUAUUUUUUGUUUUAAAUUUUCUUGCUGCCACUCAAGACAUUAUAGUAGACGGUUGGGCAUUAACCAUGUUAAAAAAGCAAAAUAUUAGUUACGCUUCAAUGUGUAAUAGUGCCGGACAAACCUUCGGAAUAUUUUUGGGGUAUAAUUUGUCAGUUUUAUUGAUAUCGGAAUCGUUUUGGAACAAAUGGUGGCGCACUUCGCCUCUACCAGAUGGUAUUAUUACUUUACAAGGAUAUUUUUAUUUUUGGGGAAUUAUCUAUAUAGUCAUUACCACAUUGGUAGCCAUAUUUAAGUAUGAAAAAGAUUAUUUAACAGAAUUCGAUGCCAUUAAUCUUGGCAUUCUCAAAACAUACUUGUUACUUUUCAGUAUAAUGAAAUUACCUAGUAUCAGAAUGUUCACAAUUAUAUUAUUUACUAUUAAAAUGAGUUUUUGUUCAGUCGAUGCAGCAUUCAAAUUGAAACUUAUAAAUUGUGGAAUUACCAAAGACGAAAUUGCUUCAAUAGAUUUGUUAAUUAUACCUUUAAAUAUAUGCUUACCGUUUUUAAUUGCAAAAUUUACAUCGAAAGAAAAACCAUUAAAAAAUUAUUUCAAUACUAUACCUUACCGAUUAUUAUUUGGUGUAAUUUUAGCAACUAUCGCCUAUUUAACACCUUAUUUUUUGGUUCAGACAGGGUCAUUACUAAUCACGUACAAAGUAUUUUUAGUGUUGAUGUAUAGUUUUCAACAGUUAAGUGUGAAUAUUAUGACAUUGACGUCAAUGGCAUUUUAUGCAAGUAUAAGUGAUCCAAAAAUCGGAGGUACAAAUAUGACUCUGUUGGCAACUAUAUCUAAUUUAGGAAAUGCGUGGAGCAAAACUGGAGCUUUGUGGCUUAUCGAAUUACUAACUUUUAAACGAUGUUCUAACGGCCCUAGACAAUUUUGUUCAUCAUUAAAUAAUCAGAAUGAAAUGUGUAGUUUGUUUGGUGGAACCUGUGAAGUUUUUAUCGACGGUUUUUAUAUAGAAACUAUCAUAUGUACAAUUUAUGGAAUAAUAUGGAUUUUUAUUUUUAGAAAAAUCAUAAAUAAUCUUCAAUCCAAAAAUGUAAAAGAAUGGCACGUGGAAAUUAAAUCAAAAGAAAUAUAUUGAGCUAAUGCACCUGCUAAAAUAGUUAUAUGAUUAUCAUUGUUCAAUAGAAAAUUUAAAGGUUUUGCAUUGCCUAUAUUUUAAAUAUGAUUGUUCAUAACAUUUAUGUUAAUUAAUAUAUUAUAGUAAUUAAUAUAUUAUAAUAUAUUAAUUAACCUACUUUGAAUGUACCUAUAUUUUUUACGUUGAUACAAUUGUUAAUAAAUAUAUUUGAUUUUGUUGUUCCUAA